AGUAUAAUCUCUGCUCCCCACUCAUGUUCGAAGCAUAAUUCCAUAAAAAUUCUCUGAAAAAGUAGUGGGGUUUGCAUUAUCUUUCAAGAAAAGAGGGAAAGAACUCGAUUUUUUCGGUGGGUGUGGAUUGUGGAAGAAACACCCCUUACAAAAAUGGCGAAUUUGUUCUUGUUCUUGAUUCUGGCAAUUGCGUUUCUUUCAUGUUGUCAGAAGCCUGUGAGUUCUCAAGUCGUCAAUGGCGAUGAUGACGAUCUUAUCACUUUGUUAGCCAUUGGAAAGGAGCUUAGAUUGCUGGAUUGGGGCGAUAAUGGGCUCAAGAACACCUCAAAUUACUGCCUCUGGCCUCACAUUACUUGCAACUCCAAUCAUUCAUUGGUUGAAAAGCUUGUUCUUUCACAUCUAAGUCUUCAAGGUAACCUCACUUUAAUCUCUCAACUCAAGUCCUUGAAAUGGCUUGAUUUGUCUUUUAACACCUUCCAUGGAUCAAUUCCUCGAUCUUUUGGUAACUUAUCUGAUCUUGAGGUUCUUGAUUUGUCCUACAACAAGUUUGAUGGUUCAAUCCCCGUUGAAUUGGGCAAACUCGGAAAUCUGAAGUCAUUAAACCUUUCAAACAAUUUACUCAUAGGAUCAAUACCUAAUGAGCUUCAAGGGCUUGUAAAGUUGCAAGAUUUUCAAAUCUUUACCAAUCAUUUGAAUGGAAGUAUACCCAUUUGGAUGGGAAAUUUGACCAAGCUUAGGGUGUUCACAGCUUAUGAGAAUGAGUUAAGUGGUGAGAUACCCGAAACUUUAGGUUCGGUAUCAGAACUUCAUUUGUUGAACCUUCAUUCUAACUAUCUUGAAGGAUCGAUCCCGAAGAGUGUUUUCGCUAUGGGGAAGUUAGAGUCUUUGGUUCUGACUCAGAACAAACUUAGUGGUAGUCUGCCCGAAUCGAUAGGAAACUGUAAAGAUCUUUCUAGCAUCAGAAUUGGGGACAAUGAUCUCAUAGGAAACAUCCCAAGAGGAAUUGGUAAUCUUAGCAGCCUCACUUAUUUUGAAGCAGAUAACAACAAUCUUUCUGGUGAGAUUGUUUGGGAGUUUGCUCAAUGUGCUAACCUCACUCUCUUGAAUUUGGCUUCAAAUGGAUUUAGCGGGAUCAUACCUCCGGUUUUCGGUCAAAUGAUCAAUCUUCAAGAGUUGCUUGUUUCUGGGAACAGUCUUUUUGGAGAGAUUCCAACUUCACUUCUUAGCAACAAGAAUCUUAACAAGAUUGAUCUAAGUAACAACAGAUUCAAUGGGAGCAUACCUCAAAGUGUUUGUAACUCAUCAAGAUUGCAAUACUUGUUGUUGGGACAGAAUUCGCUGAUCGGGGAAAUACCUCACGAGAUUGGGAAUUGUGCGAAGCUGCUCGAACUGCAGUUGGGUGGUAAUUAUCUCACAGGAACAAUCCCUCCAGAAAUCGGUCGAAUCAAGAACUUGCAGAUAGCUUUGAAUUUGAGCUUCAAUCAUCUUCAUGGACAAUUGCCUCCUGAUUUGGGAAAGCUUGACAAGUUGGUAUCUUUAGAUUUUUCCAAUAAUCAACUCACUGGCAACAUCCCUUUGGCGUUAAGGGGCAUGUUAAGUUUGAUCGAUGUAAACUUUGCGAAUAAUCACCUCACUGGUCCGAUACCUACUUUUGCCCCUUUCCAAAAGAGCCCAAAUUCGAGCUUUUGGAAGAACGAAGGUCUUUGCGGAUACCCGUUGAAUUCUUUAUGCGGGAAUUCAAAUGAUACUAACGAGACCUUCCAUCACAAGGUUUCUUACAGAAUCGUGUUGGCUGUAAUUGGUUCGGGUUUGUUGGUGUUCAUAUCCGUUACCGUGGUUGUUGUUCUGUUCAUGAUGAGAGAAAAGCAAGAAAAGGCGGCAAAAACAGUUGGGAACGAAGAUGAAGAAAUCGAUGAUAAUAACAAGCCGUUGAUAAUAGCUGGAAAUGUGUUUGUGGAGAAUCUGAAACAAGCUAUAGACUUUGACGCUGUUGUGAAAGCAACGUUAAAAGAUUCGAACAAAAUCAGUAGCGGGACGUUUAGUACGAUCUACAAGGCAGAAAUGCCUUCGGGAUUGACAUUGUCGGUCAAACGGCUUAAAUCCGUGGACAAGACGAUACUUCAUCAACAAAACAAGAUGAUUCGAGAGCUUGAGAGACUCAGUAAUCUUUGCCAUGAUAACUUGAUCAGACCAAUUGGUUUUGCCAUAUAUGAAGAUGUGGCUCUCUUGUUGCACCAGUUUUUGCCCAAUGGAACGCUGGCUCAGUUUCUUCAUGAAUCUAGCAAAGAACCGGUGUACAAACCUGACUGGCCGGUGAGGCUUUCGAUUGCUGUUGGGGUUGCAGAAGGGUUGGCUUUUCUGCAUCAUCUGGCUAUCAUUCAUCUCGAUAUUUCUUCUGGGAAUGUUUUCCUUGAUUCCAAUUUCAAGCCUUUGGUGGGUGAAGUUGAGAUCUCGAAGCUCUUGGAUCCGUCACGUGGCACAGCUAGCAUCAGUGCCGUUGCUGGCUCGUUUGGUUACAUUCCUCCAGAAUAUGCAUACACAAUGCAAGUGACGGCUCCAGGGAACGUGUACAGCUUCGGGGUCGUUUUACUCGAGAUACUGACGACGCGGGUCCCAGUUGACGAAGAGUUUGGGGAGGGCGUGGAUUUGGUGAAGUGGGUUCAGGGUGCACCCUCGAGAGGCGAAACCCCUGAGCAGAUACUGGACGCGAAGCUGAGCACGGUUUCGUUUGGUUGGAGAAAAGAAAUGCUUGCAGGACUAAAGGUGGCUCUAAUGUGCACAGACACCACACCAGCCAAGAGACCAAAAAUGAAAAAAGUGGUGGAAAUGCUUCAAGAAAUCACAGAAAAUAAGUGAGAAUUAAUGUGUAGAGGUGGUUUUUGUAUGAUAGAAAUUUGUGGGAAAUUUGGGGGAAAUUUGUAUAUGUUGUAUGGACUUGAAGAACUGGGAAAGAACGCAUAUACAAAGCCUUCAUUUGUAUUAUGGAUGUAAGUUUUGGUUUCCCAAUUUUUAUGUAUGAGGAGAUUAAUGUC